CGCUCAACCUCCCCCGUCUCAAAGCGCUCACCUCGAACCUCUUCUCUGUCAUUAAAAUACCGAUGCCUUAACGACACGCGGGUAACACCUCUCCCACGAAUACGUUUGUUAACCUAGCCGUGACAUAUUCUACAUGCGUCGGUGUUAACACAGGCUUAAAUAAAGAAAGUACCCGCCGCCCGAAUAGAAUUCCGAUUGAAGCCGCGACAGUGGAUGGCGGUUUGAUCGGCAAACAAAAGCAUUCAAUCAGCACUUUGCCACUCUUUCUUCGACGGGCGCAGCACACGCGCCCCGUUUGGGAGUCGGCAAGAAGUGAUUGUCUGAUGCGUCUUUGAAGACUGAGGAGGAAAGACGACAGUUUUACUAAAGGCCCCCCGUUUCAUAGCGUCGCCGGAGGAAAUGGAAAUGUCAGACUUCUCAGUCAGCGGCCCACCGUCGAGCUGGAUACGAGGAGACGAAUGAAAUCAGAAGAGUCCACCACAGGGAUGUCAGAAAACUAUUUGCAGACACAAUUUCAGUCAUCGCAACCAUGCGGGACCUAAAAAAGAAGAACAAGCUGGUGGAGGCGGCGGGAGACGCGUACGGGAAGAACUUGGUGUUGCUGCCACUGGACGUGUGCAGCGACGAAUCGGUCAAGCAGUGCAUCAACAGCGUGAAAGACCGUCAUAUCGACAUCUUGAUCAACAACGCAGGCGUGGGCCUUCUGGGCCCCGUGGAGAGCAUCAGCAUCGAUGAGAUGAAGCGAGUGUUCGAGACCAACUUCUUUGGCGUCGUGCGCAUGAUCAAAGAGGUGAUGCCCGACAUGAAGAAGAGGCGGUCCGGACACAUCGUGGUCAUGAGCAGCGUCAUGGGUCUUCAGGGAGUUGUGUUCAAUGACGUUUACACUGCUUCCAAGUUUGCCAUGGAGGGAUUUUGCGAGAGCAUGGCCGUGCAGCUGCUGAAGUUCAACGUCAGGUUGUCGAUGAUCGAGCCCGGUCCGGUGCACACGGAGUUUGAGACAAAGAUGAUGGAGGACGUGGCCAAGAUGGAAUAUCCGGGCGCGGACGCCGACACGGUUCGUUACUUUAAAGACGUUUACCUGCCGUCGUCGAUCGAUAUCUUCGAAGCCAUGGGUCAGACGCCGGAGGACAUAGCCAAAUGCACUAAGAAGGUGAUCGAGUCGAGCAGCCCCCGAUUCAGGAAUCUGACUAACAGCCUGUACACGCCCAUCGUGGCCCUGAAGUACGCCGACGAGACCGGCGGGCUGUCGGUCAACACUUUCUACAACCUGCUCUUUAAUUUAGGACCUCUCAUGCACAUCACCAUGAGCAUCCUCAAGUGCCUGACGUGCAGCUGCCUGCGCCGGCGCACCCUUUCGCCGAACUGAGUACAAUCCCCCCCUUCUUCCCCCAUCAAGCUGGGGUACCGGAAUCAGACAUUAUGCAAAAAGAAGGCACCUUGAUCCGACAGUGUACAGUACAUGCACAGAUACAUAAAUAUAUUUUAUUGAAAAUAAGAAGAGCCAGAGCUUCAGUCAUCACUGCAGCAUGGGAUGAACUUGAGGAAACGCACAAAGUCCCCCGGACGCUCGACGAAGCACAACGGUAGACUCAGCCGCAAAGAGAAGCGAAGUCAUUCUUCUUAUUAUUAUAAUAAUUCAAAAUAAUGCUAACGCAUAGCCUAGCAUACCAAGAAUAAAUCGUAUUGCGUGGCACACCUGAUGUCACGUUGGUCAUAACUGCUGUGUAAUCAUAUUUUGGAUGAAUUUCGAUCAUGUUGCUUUUUAAAGGCAGAGCGCGUAUUUCUGAAAAAUUUCAUACCGAUUUUUUUUUUUUUUUUAAAUAAAUAAAAAUAUGAUUUACCCUUUCCAA